AUGAGACUUCAAAAAACUGAUUUGUUAGUUUUGAGAUUAACAGAUGCAAUGGAAAUUUUAUAUGUGGAGGUGUCUGGGCCACCUUAUAAACAUGACAAAAAACACACCAUCAGGGAUGUCAAAAAAUUACUUGUGAUGGCUGUUUAUGACAAUACUGAAGAUUUACGAGAAUGGAUAAAUUUACCUGAUGACAAUUUAAUGCCUGUAACAGGAGACAAGAUAGAUGAAAUAUUUUUAUGUGAUAUUUAA